GGCCGUUUGGGCUGGAGACUAGUGCCGACCGUUCCAUACGAGGACACUGAACGACUUCCGAUGCACGGUGCUGGGGCGGGUGCCUUAGAAAACAGUCCCCAAUCGUGUGCGUACCGUAAGCAACAGGGCUUGCAUUGUUGGUGGUGAAACGUUCUGAAAUGUUUUAAAGGUGAUCUGUGAGAAAAGUGUGAGAGUGACUUGAAGUCUUAAGAAUGCAUCGCUAAAUGUGUCCUAAUCUUUUGCUUCCCCUGCUCGGUUGUGUCGGUUCUUGUAGUGUGGUGAAACAGUGCCCCCCAACGUAAAUCAAACCGACUAAACGCGAUCGCACAAUCCGAUCUGAUGGUGCGGAAAAUGGACAAUUAAUGUGAAAGUGAUGAUACGUCCUGUGCUGGUUGGGAAUCUUCCCAUACCCCAUCUAAGGAACGCCUGAGGAGAAUGUGGUGUAGUUGCGGUUGUGCGAUACAGCAUAACAGCAUAAGCGUUCCGGUGAGAUUGUCUCCUGCAAAUAAAAAAAAGAAACCCCAAGACGACAAAGUGUAGACAAAACUAAGCCCAACCUGUCGCAGUCAUCGAAAGAGCGCAGGAGGGAGAAGCGAACACUUCAACGAACGCUUCACACAAAACACCGGUUGGAAUGUUGCCGACGGAUCGGUUUCUCAGCAGUCCGUGGCUGCCAGGGUCAACGAUGAAGUUGACACCGGGCGCGGGCAUCACGUUGCUGAUCGGCAUCGCCGGUAGCAUCUUUCUCGUCGCCCAAAGCCAUCGACUGUUGCGCAGUAAACUCAGCCAACGACGGCGCUCUUCCCGGAAGCCCGAUGCGGCAGAGUGUUACAUGUGUAACGCAAACAUCGAGCUCGAAACUCCAGACAGCUUCGCAACAUGCCGCGGUUGCGAAAAACUGGUCUGCCGCGGGGAAAACUGCUGCCAGUGGGUGGAAUCGAUCGGCAUCUGGGAAUGUACCGGCUGCCAGUCGAAUCGCGUAAUCCAGCAGAAGGCGGGCGAAUGGCUGCUGAAUCAGUUGACCGUCCGGCUGAAGCACCCGGGCCCGGUAGAGCUGAAGGACGGCAAUCUACUCGGUCUCGGUUUGGACACGGACGAUGCUCGCAGCACCACUUCCAGCACAGCGACGACCGUUUCGGCCAACCAGCGUGUGAAGGUGCGAGAAUUCAUCGAGGAGCUGCUGUCCGCUAUGCUGCACGGUCCGCUGGACGAUGUAUCCGUUGGGCAGCUAAUGAAACAUGAAAGCUAUUUAAGACUUUUUCGCAAGUUCCACACACGUUUGAGCAGGUGUCUGUACAAUCUAGAACGCUCGAUCCAUCACUCACUAAUGUCGGAUCUACCACUAUGGGAAGGUCAACAGCAGCAUCACAGCCCGAGCGAUCAGCACUUCGAGCUGAAGCGACUGAUACAGAAGAUACUGGAAGAGAUCGCCAAGCUGCCGGAGCUGCUGAACCACAGUGGCCUGCCGCUACGGCCGGAAGAGCAUCUGCCGUACUUCGAUCCGAAGAAGUACGAGCAGCUGUUGGCCACUGCGGUGCUGAACAAGGUGGUGGACGACUAUCGGAAUCCGAAAAACUUCACCGACGGCGGUGACGUGGCAGGCAAGGGGCAGACCAGCGCUGGUGCCACCCCGUACACCGGUACCACGGUGGACAUAAACCACAAUCAGCUGUCCGAGACGGGUAGCAGCCGAAGUUUGCUGAGUAAAGAAAGCCUCAGACAGAUGUCCGUAACGGCUGACGAUCAAGCACCACAACCACACGAAGGCAUCAGCUACAGUGCGAUCGGCACCGAAAGGCGACUCUCCGACACGGACGAAUCCUACCUGAGCGACUACAUCCAGCGGCAUAAAGUCCCGCUGCCCGAUCUGUCCGACACGACCGGAUCCGGGUCCGGUGCCGAGGACGACGAUCUGCAAUCGCUCAAGUCGAACGCGACCGAUGGUACGUGGGAGGAAAAUUGGCUGUUCCGCAAGCGGCAACUGAAGACGACCGAAUCCUCGAUCGCCAUGCUCGUACCAUCGCCCACGGAAGAGGUGAAGGCACUGAUCGGGGACAAGAAUGCGGACGAAAUUAGUGAUCUGUCCGAGGCAGGAUCGGACUGUGAAGGGUACGAGUCGGAUGGCAAUGUGAACGGUGGCACUGUACCAUCGGUAGCGCCUGUGGUUGUGGCGUCAAGCAGCAAAGACACUACGAGUGAGGGAAUUUCGUCCUCCUCCAAGACACAAUCGCUGGACGAGAUCCUGCCGCCCGACAGUCUCGUGUCGAUCAACUCGUUGCCGGUCAAUGAGGAGGCAUUGUCCGAAGCUACCAACAGUCAGCUGCUGGCCGAUCAGGUUGCACAGAACGGAGCUAGUGAACGUCUGCAGGUGGACGAUCUGAUCAGUAUCGAACCGGUGGCGGACAGGGUGGAAACGACCAAUCCGACCCUGACCAACCCGUUCCUGGACGAUGUGUUUGAGGCAAACAACAAUGUUAUAACGGACGACGUGAAGAUGCUGCAGCGUACCGAGACAGGGGACAAUCGCAGUUCCGCCACCGAAUCCAACGGUUACGGUGACCGAAAAGAAAUCCCAAUAGAUCGAGUGCUGCUCGAUUCCCGUUCACCACCGGACUCGCCAGUGCAGCAGGUACUGUCGCCCCAUCCGAUCAUGAUGACGAUCACGGACGUGUUUGAUCGGUUGGCGAACAGUUCCCCACUGACAGCCAUCUCGGAGGAGCAACCACCGGCAGUGCUGGAUGAAAUGGUUGACAGUGAACCGCCAACGCUGGAAGCGAUCACGGAGGAAUGUUCCGGGGUGGUGGAAGAGAAACACCCCGUCCUAUCCCCAUCAGACAGCGUACAGGUGGAGCAGGAUGAUAGCGAGUAUCGAACGAUCUCCGAAGCGACUAACAACAGUCUCCUGCUGGCGGAUUCGUUCGAUGGGCUCGAAUCGUUCGAUACGUACGAGCCGGGGAACGAUGAGUUUUGCUCGCUUAUGGAACCGAAUGACUCCGAUCGGACGCCGGAACCCGGACCAUCGCCUGAUUUGCUACAAAUACGGGAAACACCACCAGCUGCACUGUAUGUGUGCAAUCAAGAUCAGCUUGAGUUUGCAGAGCAAUUGCAAUCACUGGAAGAGGAUACUACCAAGCAGCACGACCCUUUCGAACGGACGCCAUACGAUCAACCGACCCAGGUAACGCUUCAGCCCGAUCUGGUAAUGUUCGACAACAAUGCACCGAGUCCGGAUUCGGGUCCACCAGGGAUAGUGGCCGUCACGGAGCAGAUGCGUGCUUACUGUGAAGAAUUAAAAGCGAUUCUAAAUCUUCCUGAAGAUGAAGAAACCUCUCAGGAACUGUCCGUCCCCUUAAAGCCGGAACCGGAACAGUGGGAAAUUGUGGACACACCGGAAGCUCUGGAAGCGCUAGAACAGUUCCAAAAUGAGCUGCUAAUUGCUGUCAGUGAUCCAACGCAAACCGAUGUUCGACCAUGCAGUAAUCAUGCGAUUCGGGAGGAACCACUGCUGGAGCUUGAGGACCGGUUCCCUAGCCCGAUAGAGGUGGCUGGGCUGCAGAUGGCACAGUACAGUGACAGUUUGAAAAGCCUGGAGUACGUCGAGGAAGGAACUGUGAUGGAUGAGGAAACGUUACCCCUUCCAGACGCUUACAUCGAACGCGGGGAGUCGCCGCAAGCGUUGCUUGUAUCUUCAGAAGAUUCUUCACAGCCCAUAGUAACGGUCAGCCACACAUCUUCUACCGAGCCGGAACCAUCCAUCACGACAGUGAGCCUGCCAGGGGAGGAACACCCUGCACCGAUCAGCACGGAGGAAACGAUGCUCACGUCGAUGGAGUCCCGGGACGAGUCAAAGAUCGAGGACACGAGCAUGCCCGCGUUCAGUGAUACCGAGCUUCCCUCCCUCUCAUCGCCAUUCACUUCCUUCUCACUUACCAAUUCUACCAUUAACAACAACAACAACAACAAUUGCAUGCCAACUAACAUCAGCCUCACGGAACAGGGUCCUAACCAUCUUGUCACUAACCACACCUCGAAUAACACGAAUCCAAGUAUUGAAGUAGGCGAGUCUGCGCUGGAAGUUGAUCCAGAGCAACCGCACGUAGUGGAAUCGGUCGCUGACGUAUGUACGCUCGUUCCAGCACAAAUAGCAACCAAUGAAGGCGAUGUACCGGAUGUACAGGGUGAUUCUGGAGAGCAAGACGCGUCCUUGGAUGCACCGGACACGCUCAUACCAGGAUCCAUUGCCGAACGGGAGCAUCUGAAGUGGCGUAAUGCCAAACCGAUCGCCAACAACCCGUACUCGCCCGAUGUGCUCCAGCGUCGGCUGUCGGAAAAGACACGCCCGUCCAGCAUGAUCGAGAUUGAUCGGUUGGUGCGAAAGGAGGCGGCCCCAGCCACCGGAGGAGCUGCCGGCGGUGUGCUGAUCGACGAUGAGGAACCACCCAAAGAGCCGACGGAUUCGGGGACGGAGAACGAUCGCUCGUUACAGUCGGUGACGGGUGGCGUACUGACAGAAACGAAGAAGAUCGGUCGCGAGUACUACAUCAACGAUCCAGAGCGUCUGCGUGCGGGCGGUGCCCCCUUAAAGUCCACCCUAGGUCCCCAGACCCAAACCCAGCAGCCAUCGCACAGUACCGACGACGAGAAAUCCCUUCUGCUUGGCCGUGCUGUGGAUGAGAAUGAAGCUGCAGCCCCACAAAAACUCACCCCCGAACCGGUCAGCUCGCUGUACCGCUCGAGCAGCGUCAGUAAGCAGCGAGAUCCCAGGGCGGAAGACAUCUUCGCUGCCCGCCCGGUACAGGUGACGGCCGACGAUCCGAUCCUGCAGCAGGGCACGAAGGUGAGCUACCUCAGUACGGCGGCUCGCGAGAUCUAUCUCGUACCUGUGGAGUCAGAACCGAACGGAGGCUCACUGAUGAGCUCUUCCUCUGAGCUGAGCUCCGUUCACUCACCGACGAACGCUCAUCAGCGCCCGGAGCUGGAUAGCCUCACGUACAGCGAAGACUCGGAUGUGACGCGUAUCUACGACCUAACGACCGGGGAGGCAAAGGUCGUACGCACGUAUCACUCGGAAACGGAGCCACCGCACGAUACGAUCCUGCAAAUACUACCUCAACCCUCACCGACCAAACAGCAGCCAGCGAUGAUGGCGACUGCCCCUAGUCAUGAACAGUCGUCGUCGUCCAAUGUUUCGGCCCUUAAAAGUCAACUUUCUACCGGCGAACGGGUGGAUGCUGGCAGCUAUCAUCGCCGUUCGCCAUUUCCCGUUAAACCACUCUCGCCCGAAACGAUCAAAUUCUUUGCGCCGAAGAGAAAGCUUAGCUUUACCGGUAGUACGAACAGUUUGGUGGGAGAGUCGGGGGGCAAGGGAGCUGGUAGUGAGCAGGGUACUACGCACGUGCUGCCCUCGAUGCACUCCUCGCUGCACAUUGACUACCCUGCGAGCCGGAACGUGACGGGCAGCGAGUUUGCGAUCAUCGAGAAGGAUGUGAUCGAUGUGCUGCCAUCGGUGAAGGAGCUGGCCAAGUGUUACAGUGGUAGCACGAGUGAUGUGUCCACGUUGCCACCGAAACCACUGUACAAACCGAGGGUCAAGCUUAGAAAGGACUUUAUCCGCCAGUCGUCCGAUGUGCUGAACGAGGAAGGCAUGCCCAACACGAAGGGUCAGCGGCAGUACAGUAGCACGAGCAGCAUAGCGGUGCGGGACGAGAUACGCGAGAUCCGGAAGCUCAACCUGGAAGCGUACCGACAGUCGACGUACUACCCGAUGGCUCCCGGGCACAGCAUAACGGCGCGCAGUCUGUCGAAGCAAAUUCGUGAGCAUAAGAGCAACGUUACAGACGACCAUAAGGUGGGCCACCACCAGCAGGAGGAGCAAGCGGCACCAGCACCGUUGGUUCCAGGUGGUGCCGAUGGUGAGCUCAACGGAACCGAUGCAGACGACGAACCCGGCCAUGCAUCUCCGGAGCGUCCCGCCAGCCCCGUACUACUGCCCGGCCAUCUGAAGAGUAGCAUACAGUUUUUCGAAAGCCUCAAGAACAAAGCGUAAUAGCCAACCGGACACGAGAGCAGCAAAACACUCGUCUGGAUGGGGAUCACACUGCAAACUCACGUUGAAAGUGUACGACCUUUUUUUGUGCCAUUUGUGUAGUCGCCCCAGCUGGAAGCGUCAUUUAGUCAUCCUUCACACACACACACACAUACAUACACACUUACAUACUCACCUGUCGCAUCAUUGUCCUUCGUCAUCGCUCACUCAUACUUGGUAGGAUUUCCGUUACGCCCCUUCGUGUUAAGUGCUUUGUUUUAGGUUCGCGCGCGCGUGUGUGGGUUUUUGUUUCUGUGUGGUAGGCCAUCUUGUUUCCUCUCGCACCAGUGGCGACAAUUUUCAAGAGUCCCAGUCAUUCUUCUCUCCAUCGUACAUUGUGCAAGCAUGGAUAGCCCCGUUUUUUUUUUGUUUUUAAAUGGUAACAGAACUGGUAUUACACCCGAAAGGGAAAACGGAUUAAUUUAUUAUAUUGGCAAUCGCUUUCAAAUGCUCUCCCAGUACACGUUCGUCCAGUUCACCCAGUAUCAUUGUUUUUUUUUUGUUAUUACGACGCAUAUUUUAAUCAAUUUUGUUUUAAUUUUCACCUUUUUCCUAAAUUCUUGUUGAGUUUUGAAACAUUUUUAUGCAUUCAUUCUUGUUUUUUUUGUCUUUUCCUCAUUUUUCUCACCUGCAUUUACCUAUGAGCUUUCUGUUUCACAAGUAGUAGUUCAUUCUCAUCUUACCCGAAUAAAGAUGAACUUAUGGAUUUGAUGGAAAAAAUAAAGCAUUGAAAAAUA